AUGAACAGAUCCAUUACACGGUUGCAGCCCCGACUUGUUCGGGCUCGUGUCGCCCGGGGUCGGUUCCAAUCUACCGUUCAUGCCCCUGUCAGGCCGGUUGAUCCCGCGCACGGCUUUAACCCUCACUCUUUAGACUUGUGGCCGAAAACAACCCCUCUACCCUCGCCCAAAACGCUCAUCCAAGACAAGUGCACGGAGUAUCUUUCGAUUGAUGUUCCGGAGCAGUACCUCACGCUUAUCCACCAGCCCUCUGCCGAGUUUUCCGGGUCCUCGGAGCUCCUACAGAUCGUACAGAGCAGCGGAUGUGUCGGCCUGCGGGUGGUACGAAAGAAACGGGGACUUCAGAUCGAGUUUGUGGGUCCAAAUGAGACCAGCGUAGCCAUCGCCGUGGCUUCCCUCGCGCGAUUGCUUCUGCUCUACAAGGCAAACCUUGCCUGUAUCAAGCUUCCGUUUUAUGUUAAAGAUCCCCGAACCCUUGAGGCUUGCGGUUUGUCGCAUCGGACCGAAGCUAUAUCACAGGCCUUGCAGGUCUCUACUCUCCUGGACCAGUUUCCAGGAGUGGGCUUCUACACUAUGACCCACCGUCUUGAUACCGAUCAUGAAUACCAGGUUUACGUGUUUCUGCGAGAAAAAGCUGCUCAGCAGCCGGUGGUGGAGUUUCUCGAGAAAUUUGUGGCCCAGUUCCAUCUUGUCCACGAUAAUGUGCCUGUAACCAAGGAAUUGUAUAAACAUUUAUACGAGAACCAUACGGCCUUGGACAUGAUCGAGAGAGAACUUGGUGUAAUCAUUGGCCGGGGUGACAUCCGCACAUUAUACAGCGAGAGGGAGGUGAAAUCGUUCGCGGUUGCAUGCAAAGAAAACCUCAUGAAUCAAAGAACGGAAACGAUUGAAGGUUUCGAAAAACUUCCCAAGAGUGAUGACAGAGCCCCAGCCGGCUUUCUCCCUGGGAAUAUUGACACCAUGAUUUCCCCACCGCCUCUCCAAAAAGCAAGGGACACAAUCACAAAACUCGUCGUCCGCUUCCACAGCCAGAAGAAGCACAUCCCCAUUACGCCCAGAGUCCAGCAAUACCUCCGUCAAUCGCAGCAGGUUCGUACGGAAUUGCUUUCCAACCCUGAAAUCUACCUUAACGUAGACGUGAACCUGACCAGGCUCACACCCACCGCCACCCUUCACUUUACCGGCGCCGAAGACGCAUGGAUCCAUGUUUUGGCAGACGUGGAGCAGUUUCUUUCGCUGGUCGAGGCGUCGCUUGUGACCAUCCCCUUGACGCGUCAGAAAGUAGCCAAGAUCAGGGAGGUCUUUCCAGAAUUUUUCAGCGAGGUGACGACAUUCUCCUCCGGUCUUAAUGGAGGUAGUGCCUGCUACUUUGACACGGUAAACUGUGAAAUUGUGGUGGAUAACGGCGAUCGGCUGGUGGCAGAAGGCGUGAAGGUACGUAUCGUACAGCAGCUUACGCAUAUUAUGAAGGAUUGCGAAACGGUGAAAGUCCCGUAUCGUGAAAUCUGGCUGUUGCGGAAAGGCGUACUACAAAAAAUGGCCACUAAAUACAACUGCUUUGCAAAGAUUCGCCGCGAGUAUAUAGAUGACAAUGGGGACACCGAGAUUUGGGUGCGGCCGCUUGGCGAAACUUCCGGGGUGGCGCAGCUUAAGGAGGCAAUUUUUGAGCGGGUUUCGUCGCCCGAAACGGUCUUCUGUGAAGUGGUCCGCUUCGACUACCGGCUUUUCAUGAUACUUCACUCAAUGGGCUUGGAGAAGGCAUACUGGUACAAAUACAUGCCCGAAAGCCAUUACUUCCCGGUGGAUUACCUCACCGAAAGCAGAGAGUAUCUGAAUUUCCGGAAGGAUCUCCGCCGGUUUGGGCUCGCGCAGCUCCAGAAGUCGCCGCGUGAGGUUGCAUACUGUCUCAUGGGUGAAACGCCCGAGGAGGCCAGCCGUUUGCGCCAGAAGUUUGAGAUUCGUGUGAAGUUGUUUCUGAGGAACUUGUCCCUGGUUAAAGUGCCGAACUGGAUGCUUGAAGAUGUGUUGGGCGAGGGCGAUGACGCCAUCCGUCCGAAAGAAAACAGUCCUCAUCACAAGUACUCUACAAUGAUCCAUGUUGUACCUGAAUACAGUGGGACCGGUUCAGAUGUAUUGGUGACGGACUUGGAUCUCACCAGACGGAAGGAAACCGUCGAAGAAUUGUGUAAGCGUGUUGCGAUAUACCAGGCGAUGUGCGGGUUUCCGGUGUGGGAAGAGAACCGAAACCGGUUGAGUGUAAUAAAGACGUGGAGAUAUUAG